AUGCUAUUUGUUUCCUUCCUCAUUUUAGAGCUGGCUUUGGUUGUGUACAUUUGGAUAAGAAACUAUAACAUAAAGGCUAAAUUGGAUGAUGACAAAGGAAUAAAGCAAGUGUUUUAUAGCCAAAAAAGUGAGAUUCUGGAAGUAACAGGUCAAGAAGGUUGGGAUAUUGUUAGUAAGAACUUAUGGAGGGAUUCAGAAUUAUAUUUGUCGAUUGUAGUCCCAGCAUUUAAUGAAGAAGAUCGGAUUAUAAAAACAUUAAGUUCAAUGGUGUAUUAUAUGGAGGGUAGAAGCAAAAAGGAUCCAGAAUUUAUAUAUGAAAUAAUCCUAGUGAAUGAUGGUGGGAAUGAUAACACUUUGAGGGUUUGUGAGGAUUUCUGGAGGCAAAAGAUGGAAAACAAGGAGAUAUUUGGAGGUAGAAUGCGUUUAAUAUCUAGUUUUAUAAACAAAGGAAAAGGAAAUGCUGUUAAACUUGGUGUAAUGGCAAGCCUUGGAAAAUAUAUACUAAUGGUGGAUGCAGACGGAGCAACCAAAAUUGAUUGCUUUUCAGAAAUGGAGGAUACCAUUUUAAGCAAAGAUAGGCAAUUACAGAUAGUUUUUGGAUCAAGGAAUAUGAAUAGUUCGUAUGAUAAUAACGAUCAUAUUAACGUUUCAAAAAUAGAGAGAGCCUGGUAUCGCCAAAUUUUGAAUACAGCUUUCCAUAAGAUCACUAAAGUUAUUAUUAAUACAGACUUAAAUGAUACACAGUGUGGGUUCAAGCUUUUUUCAAGGGAAUCAGCCAGGGCGAUUUUCCCUUCAUUGCAUAUUAAAAGAUGGGCUUUUGACAUUGAAAUUGUAAUUAUUGCUCAAAUCCUUGAUCUUGAAAUUCAACCAGUGAGUGUUGAAUGGAAGGAAGUUGGGGGUUCAAAACUUUCCAUAUUCUCAGACUCUAUCAAAAUGCUACUAGAUAUUCUCAUACUUAAGUCUUUCUAUUUACUUAAAAUAUGGACAGUCAAAAACCCAAAACUAAUAGAGAGACCUAGAAAGGAGCCAAUGUCAGUCUACAAAAAGACAAUUUAA